AUGCUAGAGGAUAGACAUUGGAUGAGGGACUUCAUGCUCAAAAAGACCAAUCUCAUGGCGGAGAAUUAUACCAUUGCAACAUCGUUUUCCCGCCAGCGCGGUCGGUAUCCGCUACUUCGAGAUGAAUGCGGGCCUGUUUAUCUGGAUCGAUCUCCGCUAUUUACUCCUAUCUAA